AUGAGCUACGUCACCAGAAAUGUAUAUGAUAAAAAAUGUUUUACAGAUGCUCAAAUACUAUCAUUAGCUUAUAUUCUGGAGAAUAAACUGGAAAAUAGUUCACCACAUGAUAUUCAAUUAUUUAGUCAAGAAAUUGCAAGAAAUACAUUCAACCAUGAAAACGUGACAAAGCUGUUUGAAGAUCCAAAUGAAAACUUCGAUGUUGUUAUAGCCGAUUUACUAGAAACUGAAUUAUAUUCUGGAUUAGCAGUUUUAUACAAUUGCCCUAUGAUAUGGAUCCACUCAAUGGGGGCAAAUUGGCAAGUACUGAAAAUGAUAGACGUUGCUACGAACCCUGCUUAUGACCCAAACUACUUAUCAUCAAACAUAAGUCCACUGUCGUUUGCACAAAGAGUCCAAGAAUUAUGGACACGAGUCCAGUGGCAAUUUUUCAAAACAUUCUUCACUCAACCAGAGGAACGCAAGAUUUACAAAGCAGUCUUUGGUCCUCUCCUAACUAAACGUGGAAGGACGCUUCCAGAUUAUGAAGAUAUUAUAUACAAUGCUUCAUUGGUAUUUGCAAAUGAACAUGGAGCUGCACAUAAUAUACCAAGUACUCCACAAAACUUUAAAUUCAUUGGUGGAAUCCAUAUUGAGGAACCUGUGAAGCCACUGCCAAAUGAUAUCCAGUGCCUUAUACAUACUCGUAACUCGAAGAAUGGCGUCAUAUACUUCAGCAUGGGAUCAUUUCUGAAAAGCAAUUCUAUGCCAACCAAUUUAACUAAGGAAAUUCUUCAAAUAUUCGGGGAACUUAAACAAACCGUUAUUUGGAAGUUCGAAGAUAACAAUUUACGAGGAAUCCCAAAUAAUGUUCAUAUUUUAAAUUGGGCUCCACAACGAAGUAUUUUAGCUCAUCCAAAUGUCAAAAUAUUCAUCACGCAUGGAGGUCUAUUCUCUUCUAUAGAAGCCAUCCACUUUGGAGUACCGAUCAUAGGAAUACCAGUACGUUUCGAUCAGAACACGAAUGUCAAUAAGGCAGUACUAAAUGGAUACGCUUCGAAAGUGGCAUUGUCUUAUGAUCUUCCGAAAGACUUGAAGGCUGCAAUUAAUUUUAUGUUAAAUGAUGAUUGCUACAAUAAGAAAGCCAAGGAACUCUCCUCUAUCUACCACGAUCGUUUAAUGAAGCCAGGACCGGCUCUGGUGUACUGGGUGGAACACGUAGUGCGCACACGGGGUGCCCCUCACCUGCGCUCUCCAGCACUCCACGUACCUUUAUACCAACGACUUUAUCUCGAUCUCUUAGCAAUAAUCCUGAUUGCAACUUCUACAUUAAUCUUUUUAAUAUGUAGACUCUAUGAACGAUAUCUAUUUAUAUCUAAAAACAAAAAGGAGAAAUCAUGUUAUCAGAAGAAAAUUAGAUGA